GCCAGCCCGCCCUCUCCUGCUGUUGCUGCAGCUCUGACUUGCUUUUUCCUGCCUCUUUCCUCUCCUCUCUCUUCUUGCUUAGCUUCUUGCCUUCUGAUACCAGUCCCAAGAUGGAGGCUAAUCACGCUGAACAGCUCUCAGCGGAACAACAGUCAACACCUCCAGGGGACAGUUCAUCAUUACCCCGUCACAAUGGCCUGGAGAAGGAAGAUGGUCAGGAUUCUUCAACUCCAGUCCAGCCACUGGAGAAAGAGGCAGAUGUGCACCCCGAUAUCUCUGAAGAGCUGAAUCGACAGCUGGAAGACAUCAUUAACACUUACGGGUCUGCUGCCAGCACAGCAGGGAAAGAGGGCUCUGCCAGGGCUAGUGAGCAGCCUGAGAAUGCAGAAUCACCUGACAACGAGGAUGGGGACUGUGAGGAAACAACUGAAGAGGCUGGAAGAGAACCUGUUGCUUCUGGAGAGCCACCCACUGUCAAAGAGCCUGUCAGCAAUAAAGAGCAAAAAUUGGAAAAGAAAAUCCUAAAAGGAUUAGGCAAAGAAGCCAACCUGCUAAUGCAAAAUCUGAACAAGUUGCAAACACCUGAAGAAAAGUUCGAUUUUUUAUUCAAGAAGUAUGCUGAAUUGCUGGAUGAACAUCGUACUGAGCAAAAGAAGUUAAAGCUCCUCCAAAAGAAACAGGUACAAAUUCAAAAAGAAAAGGACCAGUUACAAGGUGAACACAGCAGAGCUAUCCUCGCUCGAAGCAAAUUGGAGAGUCUGUGCCGGGAGCUGCAGAGACACAACAAGACUCUCAAGGAAGAGGCGCUUCAGCGGGCACGUGAGGAAGAAGAGAAAAGGAAGGAAAUCACAAGCCAUUUCCAGAGUACCCUCACGGACAUCCAGGGCCAGAUUGAGCAGCAGAGUGAGCGAAAUAUGAAGCUCUGUCAGGAGAACACAGAGCUUGCAGAAAAGCUGAAAAGCAUCAUUGAUCAGUAUGAGCUCAGAGAGGAGCAUCUGGACAAAAUAUUUAAACACAGAGAACUGCAGCAGAAGCUGGUGGAUGCAAAGCUUGAGCAGGCCCAAGAAAUGAUGAAGGAAGCAGAGGAGCGACACAAACGAGAAAAGGAAUAUUUGCUGAACCAGGCGGCAGAGUGGAAGCUUCAGGCGAAAGUGCUGAAGGAGCAGGAGACAGUCCUACAGGCUCAGCUCACUCUCUACUCAGGAAGGUUUGAAGAAUUCCAGAGCACGCUAACAAAAAGCAAUGAGGUGUUUGCCACUUUCAAACAGGAAAUGGACAAAACAACUAAGAAAAUGAAGAAGCUGGAAAAGGACACAGCCACAUGGAAAGCCCGAUUUGAGAAUUGUAACAAAGCUCUGUUGGACAUGAUUGAAGAGAAAGCACUGAGAGCUAAAGAAUAUGAAUGCUUCGUGAUGAAAAUUGGGAGGCUAGAGAACCUCUGCCGUGCUUUACAAGAAGAGAGAAAUGAACUCUACAAAAAAAUCAGAGACACAAAAGUAUCUGAAAAGGAUGACCAAAGUCAGCAUACCUCUGAUGAAGAGCCAGAGUCAAACGUCUCUGUGGAUCAAGAGAUUGACGCAGAGGAGGUUAAUAGCGUCCAAACCGCUGUGAAAAAUCUGGCCACAGCCUUCAUGAUAAUUCAUCAUUCACAGUCAACCCCGCAUCAGUCCAAAGAAACCCAACCCAAAAUCAGCAGUUCUCAGGAGAGCAGUGAUGCCGCUCUCAAAGAGCCAGAGCAACCCCCUCUGAUCCCUUCACGGGAUUCAGAGAGUCCCCUGCCUCCCCUAACUCCUCGGGCUGAAGCCGAAAGAGGCAGUGAGGCUGAACCUCCUUCCAAGGCUAGUAAUUCGCCUGCCGGGUUGGAAGCACAAACCCAAUGCGAGGGUCUCCCUGUUGGAGCACAGGCUGAUCAGCAGUCCUGGAAGCCAGAGGCAGAAGCUUCCAGUCAGGCCCCACAGGCUCCCACCAAGGCCUCCCUACAGGAGAUGGAGGCAGAUGUGCCUACUCCAGCAUGCACGGCUGAAGAGCACAUUGCAGCCAUGGUGCCUGCAUGUGAGCCCAGUAGGCAGCCCCCACCAGCAGCAGCAGAGGAGCUGCCAGUAGGGGCCUCAGCUGGGCCUCAGCCGCCCAACCUGGCUGACACCAAUCUGGAAGGUGUCGACUAAGCCUCGCCAUGCCUUCAGAGGCUUCGUCCUGACUCCUUGCACCUUCAGCAUAACAGAUUGUCUUCCGAAAAAGGCAUUAAGGGCUAGAGAUGUCAAAUGAAAGAGAAGUAGGAUCAAGUCAUUUUUUAAUGUUAUGCAGAACACAUUCAUUCAGGCUUUGCUAUUUGUUACCAGUUUGUAACUGAUUUGAAGGUUUUCUAUUUAACACUGGUUGACAGUAUAAUUUUCCCAAAGGGCAACAAAACAUCAGACAGCAAAUUUAUAUUACUUUUCUGUUAAGAUAAUACUUAAUUAAAUUUGUUAAUCACCAGUAAGAUUUUAUGUUUAAAGACUUCUACUGCAAUAUAUAAAUAUUGAAAAUGUGAUGUUCUGCUUAUUUGGAUAUAUAGUUUAAUAAGUUCCAUAGUAAUUUAUGGAU